AUGCUCGUUAACAAGUACCACCGUGCGUUGAGCGGGCGGACCUCACUCCGGCAGCUGCUGAACGGCGUUACAACGUGGAAGAGAUGCUUAACCGGUUCGGUGCCGAGGGAACCAGAAGGGCCGGUACUUACGACGGAAAUACCGGGCCCUCGAUCCCGCAGCUUGCUACAGGAAUUGAAUGCGAUACAACAAGCGUCUUCCGUACAAUUCUUCGCAGACUAUGAAAAAUCCGCCGGUAAUUACAUAAUAGACGUUGACGGGAACGUGUUGCUGGACGUUUAUAUGCAAAUAUCAUCAAUGCCCCUAGGGUACAAUCAUCCGGCGAUGUUGGAGGCUCUCGCCGAUCCCGUUAAUCAAAAAAUUAUAGCGAAUAGACCUGCGUUGGGUGUCUUUCCAGGGAAAGACUGGCCUAGUAGACUAAGGGACGUUCUGCUCAAGAAAGAGUUCGCGCCACCCGGAUUGUCGCACAUCACGACCAUGAUGUGCGGCUCGUGUUCCAACGAGAACGCUUUUAAAAACAUUUUUAUCUGGUACGCCGAGAAACAAAGGCAAGGGAAGCCGUUCACGAAAGAUGAGAUGGAGUCGUGUAUGAUGAAUCAAGUCCCUGGCUCGCCGCGAUACUCUAUUAUGUCCUUUAAAGGUAGCUUUCAUGGAAGAACCAUAGGUUGCCUCUCGACGACUCACAGCAAGUACAUUCACAAGAUGGAUAUACCGGCCUUCGACUGGCCUAUCGCCUCCUUUCCAGAGUACAAAUAUCCUUUAGAAGAGAACGUGCGAGAAAACAAGCAGGAAGAUAAACGUUGCCUCGCGGAGGUCGAGGAACUAUUCGAGAAGUACAAAAACGAAAAGAAAAUACCAGUGGCCGGUGUGAUAAUUGAGCCUAUUCAGGCGGAAGGCGGUGACAAUCACGCGUCGCCAGAAUUCUUUCAGGAACUUCAACGCGUGACGCGAAAGCACGGAGCCGCGUUACUCAUCGACGAAGUGCAAACCGGUGGCGGACCAACGGGAAAAAUGUGGUGCCACGAGCACUUUAAUUUAGAUAGCCCACCCGACGUGAUGACUUUCAGCAAGAAAAUGCAAUUGGGCGGUUAUUAUCAUUCGGCGGAUCUAAAACCGAAACUGUCGUAUCGUGUGUUCAAUACUUGGAUGGGCGAUCCCAGCAAAGUGAUAUUGCUCGAAACGAUUGUAAAAACGAUCCAGAGGGAGAACCUUUUGGAUAGGGUUACGCGCGUUGGCGACUACAUGUUGAAACAUUUGAUGGAUAUGCAAAAGGAGCAUUCCAGUGUAAUCAGCGCGGUGCGCGGACGCGGAACCUUCAUAGCGUUUAAUUGCGCCUCGCCUGAAAUGCGGGACAACAUCAUCAAGAAACUUGCAGCGAGAGGUGUCCACACAGGUGGAUGCGGCAGCCGGGCCGUGCGACUGAGGCCUGCGUUGACUUUCACGGAGCGUCAUGCUGAUAUAGUUCUCGAUGCGCUUCGUUCUGUGUUAAAGAAAUAAGUAUGAUCCUGACGAUUUCUCGGUGUCUUCCAAAUCAUCUACGUCUUCCAUUACUCGCGGAGAUCGCGUGAUUUACGAAGUCUAUAAAUAACCAUUAUUUUUCUAUGGCAGUUAUACAUUAUGAGAAUAUUUUAUGACAAAUGGAGUUAAUGACAAUGUCGCAUGACAAAUUAAUCAACUCGAUUGUCUUGCAUACAUGCAAAGUCCGAUGUACACGUUCUAGAAAAUGUAUAACAGUACGAUAUAUUUCAUAUUUUGAGCAGCAUUUAUUAUAUUUCAGAAAAUAUAGUACAAAGUGAUGCUUACCAAUUAAUUAUUAUAACGUAUAUUAAUUUUCAACAAUUAAUUUAUAUUUCGUUUUGCUCUUCGGCUAAUUAUUCGCUAAUUAUUGGCUUGAUUUACAUAAUCAGAAAAAUUAUUGCACGAUUACAAAAUGUCUUUAAAAAAAAACUGCCAAUAAAAAAUGUUGAAGCUAGAUCUUGAUUAUUAUUAACAAGUAUCAAUAUCAUUCAUCUCGACAUUUUUUUGAGUAUUUCGGCAAAAUGUUCAUAUUCUCGAUGAUGACUCUUCUGUGUCAUGUAAGCCUUUGUUCUCAUCUAAAAGAAUAUACGAAAUAAAGAUUAAAACAAAACAAUAAAUAAAAAAUUCAAAACUCUGA